CGAUACUACACCUGUAUCGACUCUUUCGAUAUUUGUAUGGACCCACCCACUUCUCGCGGAGCUCUUUUAAAGAUACGCCGGAUUUGCAAGCCCCUGUCGGCUGCUGUAAACUCGCCACCCGAGGAAAAAGUCACGACGAAUGGGCCAUGGAGUGUAUUCCAGCAACUCUUGAGGAUCUUGAGAGCAAAAAGGAUGCACUUAUAGAAGACUCAGAGCACAAUGUGUACACAAGGUUCAUGAAGUCCCACCGCUGUUACGACCUCGUUCCCACCAGCUCCAAAUUGGUGGUUUUUGACACAUCCCUCCAGGUCAAGAAGGCUUUUUUUGCACUCGUUUCCAAUGGUGUGAGGGCAGCUCCACUCUGGGACAGUAACAAGCAGUGCUUUGUUGGCAUGCUGACCAUCACAGACUUCAUCAACAUCCUUCAUCGUUACUAUAAAUCUCGACUGGUUCAGAUUUAUGAGUUGGAAGAGCACAAAAUCGAAACAUGGAGAGAGGUGUACCUUCAAGACUCUUUCAAGCCCCUGGUUAGCAUAUCACCCAAUGCCAGCUUGUACGACGCCGUAUCCUCGCUGCUCAAGAACAAGAUCCACAGACUGCCCGUCAUCGACCCCCUGACUGGAAACACGCUCUACAUUCUCACACAUAAGAGGAUUCUCAAGUUCCUGAAGCUCUUUAUAUCUGAGAUGCCCAAGCCUUCAUUCCUGAGGCAAACCUUGGAGGAGCUGAACAUAGGAACAUACCAGAACAUAGCCGUGGUGCGCACAGAUACGCCUCUGUACACGGCGCUGGGUAUUUUCGUAGAGCAGCGGGUGUCUGCGCUCCCUGUGGUGGACGACAAAGGUCGAGUGGUGGACAUUUACUCCAAAUUUGACGUCAUCAACCUGGCAGCAGAGAAGACGUACAACAACCUGGACGUGACCGUGACCAAAGCUUUACAGCACCGCUCUCAGUACUUUGAAGGGGUACUCACCUGCCAUCGACACGAGACCCUGGAGGCCAUCAUCAACCGACUGGUGGAAGCGGAGGUGCACAGGUUGGUGGUUGUGGACGAGCAGGAUGUGGUGAAAGGCAUCGUCUCCCUCUCGGAUAUCCUUCAGGCGCUCGUGCUCACUGAUGGAGACGAGGACAGCGCGUGAGGCCAACACGGCGCGAAAGCAGGAAAAGGCAGCCAAGGUAGAAAGGUGAGGCUGCGGCAAAGGGAACAAGGAGUAGGGACCCGAGCGCAGAGGAAAUGUUGACAGCAAAAUGAAUGAUCGCUAUCUCCUACUUGAAAGUUACUAACCUAGCAAUACAACACUGCAUCAUUCCUGUGCAUGGAGUCAAAUUUCAUAUCAGCAGGGAGCCAAAAAGAUGCAAUAAUAGCACAAAGGUGCUUUUGAGGAUCUGAGCUAGUCCUUUAAAUAUAGACUAGUUAACCAA